AUGGAGCAAACCUUGGACGUGGCUGCUCAAGAAAACAACAUCGAUGCCUUUUAUGGAUUACUCGGGCAGGCUCCAUACAUUUUAGAUCACAUAGAUGCAAUCCCAUUUGUGCAGACACAUUUACACACUGCUGCAUCUGCCGGCUUAACUCACUUAGCAAGUGAAGUCCUUCGCUUGAAGCCUUCGCUUGGUAAGAAGCUCAACCUUGAUGGUUUAAGUGCACUGGAUCUCGCGUUGCGCGGUGGACAUACUCAAACUGUAAGAGGGCUCAUCAAGCAUGACCCUCAGCUCAUUCGUGUCAAAGGAAAAAGAGGCAUUACCCCCUUGCACUAUGUUGCUGAAGCAGAGGAUAGAGCUGAUCUCCUGGCUGAGUUUUUGUACAGGUGCCCAAAAUCCAUUGAAGACUUGACAAUUGCAGGAGAGAGUGCUGUUCAUAUUGCUGUUAACAACAGCAACUUGAGAGGCUUCAAGGUACUACUAGGUUGGAUGGAAGAAACUGGCAACAAACACAUAUUGGAAUGGGAAGAUGAGAAUGGCAAUACGCCUUUUGUUAGGCACAAUCCACCUGCUACUUACAAACUCCUAAAUAGAAAUGCCGCGAGAUUAAUUAUUAAGCAACGGACGUUUAGGAGGGCUAUCAACUGUUGCAACAUGGCGGGUUUAACUGCACUUGAUAUUGCUUUAGGACAUCCAAAUGCAGAAGAGAAUGGAAGUACUGCAAAAGCUUUGUGUGCUGCAGGUGCAAAAAGAUCAUCAUCCCAUUCAAAAACUAUAAAUUUAGCUGAUUAUUGUGCUUUGAUUCCGGCGAGAUCAUGGCUGGGAUAUUUUUCUGCGCCAAAUUCCAGAUUGGUUAAAGUGCCAAAUCCUAGAAAUCCUAGCAUUAAUUCCAUGUCUAGCGAGACACGCAGCGCGUUGCUUGUGGUGGCCGUGCUAAUCGCAACAGCAACCUAUCAAGCUAUUUUAAACCCACCUGGAGGACUAGUUUCUGGAAGUACUGAUAUAAGCACCAACUCAACUUCAAACAGCACACAUGCAGGGUGCUCUGGAUGGUGCUGGCCUAUUUAUGGUUUUAUGCUUGGGGUUGUACCACUGGUUCCUUCACUGGACUUUGUAGACGGUGAGGGUGCCAAAGUGGUUGAGUUGUCUCUUUUCUUUGUCUCCGCUGCUUGUAUUGCAACAUCCAUUUGUGUUACUUUAGAGUUGAGGUCUAGGUUGUCGGCUACUUCAAUUGCGCUUAUUGCACUUCCGGUAUUCCAGGAUGCAGAUGUUGUUCCAUUGUGCCGGGUGGAGCGUACUGAGCUUGGCGUGCGCUUGCUGCUACUGCGGCUCAAACGUUGCUACGUGACGGCGGCGUGGCUCAAGGCUGUUUCUGCGGCGGAGAUACUACAUACCAGUUUGUCGAUUGGCUUGGGUGUACAUAUCAAACUGUGGGAGGGAAAUUUGCUGAUGGCCCGAGGCAAGACUAAUGAUAGUGGGGUUUCUAGUGCUAUUGCCAAGUGGGAAUACGAAAUAGAGUGCUAUUAUGUUCAGCUGUUGCAGGAACACAAGGAAGUUGGCAACUUGUCCAAAAAUAACAUAAAUGCCUGUGUGUUUGAGGAUGUCCGGAUAGACUGA